AUGAAAUAUUCCUCCAUUAUCGCCGUCUCCACUUUAGUUUUAUCAGCUACUGCCGCUUCAUCCAAAGAAUCUGGAUCUUCUAAAGCUGCAAACAGUAGUAUCACUUCAUCUGCUAGUGAUGCCAAAUCAAGCAGUGAUUCUCAUUCUUCAGCUACCAAAGAUUCUAAAUCAGAUUCAAGCUCAAAGUCUAGUUCAGCUUCUAAAUCCUCAUCUUCAAAAUCUGAAGGAUUAGCCGUUUCCAAUGAAGUUGGCGGUGGUUUAGCCAUGGCCGCUUUACUUGCCGGAUCUUUAUUAGUUUAG